AUGGUGGACCCCUAUAUCUCUACCAUUAACCGCCUCCGUCAAGCCAUUGGAGGUACCGGCGUUGCUGCUUGUGUCCUAGCUCUCCCUGUUGUCGGUGUAGCUGCACUCACGGCUCCUGUCCUUAUGGCUGGAGUUGUGACUACUUCUGCCAUUGGAACUGAAAGUGUGGCUGCUGUAGCUUCUGCCGCCGAAGCCUUUGUAGCUGGUGCCAUUGGAACUGGAAGUGUGGCAGUUCCUGUCGUCGCAACUUGUGCCCUUGGGGCUAAAGCGGUUGUCGUGGGUGGUACUCUUGGUACUGUCGCCGUUGCCGCUAUUGUGGUUGGCAUUAGAGCUUCGGACAAGGAUGUGUCCCAGGCUACUCAGGCUUCCAGAGAACGCAUGCCGAACACCGAGACCACCGAAAACAAGAAGACCUCAGCCACGGUCAAAGUCGUAUUCAUGGGUAUCGGCGCUACGGUUGGUGCCACAGUUGGUUAUUUCUGGUGCGCGUCUGCGGCUGCCCCGACGGCAGCUUCUGCCAUUGGGACUUGCAGUUGGUGCUGA